AAAAUCAUCAAAAGUCAAAUUUAAAAACUAAACUUUGGUUUCGCCAGAAAACCACAAAAAAUUCUUCGUGCACAAACAUAAUGCUUUUUUAAACCAAAUUAUCCCUUCGAGGAUAACAUCACCUUUUCGUUUUGCGACGCAUGUAUUGAAGAUUGUUAUGACCAUCGUCAAGCGGGGAUUACCUCAGGUGGCAAAGGAUGUAAAACGCGUUGAAGAAAACACUAGCAAGGAUAAACAAAAAAAUGUAAAAUCCGUACAGAAAGUAACAUCACCAAAUAAUUCCCAGGAAUAUCGUCCUAAAAAACUAAGCGCAAAAAAAGGGAAAGCUUCCGACAAGUUAUCUAGUGGCGGAUCAGCUCGUGUUAAGAAAAAAGGAAUUGUACAAAACAAAAACUCGCCCUCAACAUCUUUGAAAGGAACACCUACCAAGCGCGUUUCUAUUGAUAAUGGAACAAACAAAAAAAACAUUAUUAAUAAUAAUGAUAACAAUAAUAAUUAUAGAAAGACUCCAGAUGGAAAAACUAAUAGAACGGCUUCUAACGAAGGUAGAAAAGAAGAUCUUAAAAGAAUUGCGAAAUCAGAAAGAGAAAAGUUUUCAAAAGAAAAAUUACAAAACUAUGUUAAUUACAUAACAACUAAAAUAAUGAAAGAUAGACCUUCCGAAGGAGUUGCAAAAUUAAAAAUUGAUAAUAGCUUUACUCCGACGAAACUUUUUGGUACUUUAGGAUAUUAUCAAUCAAAACUAAACGAAAUAAAUAAAAAUACUAUCACCGUUCGUCCAGUAUCUGAUUCCCCAGUUACUGAUGUACAACAAGAUAGAAAUAAACUUGGUGUUAAAGCAUCUGCAAAAAAAAUCACAUCGAAACAUUCUAAACAUUCCGAAAGAAAAGGUUCAUUUCUUAAAAAGGAUCAUCAUAAAGCACCAUCUAAAAUAAAUGUAAGAGAAUUAAUUCAAUCUUCUGCGAGUAACAAACCAGUAAUAAACUUACCAUUCGAAAAAGUUGAUCAACAACUUAAACCAAAAAGUAGCGUUGCCAAGUAUUUAAGUUCACAGUCAAGUUCCCAUAGAUCUUCGAAAACGCGAACCCCAAUCAAAGUCGGUAGUUUUACGGUUAAUUUAAGUUUACAAGAAAGAACCAGCAGUAGAUACAAAAGACUGAAGUAUCAAACAGGAGAAGAACUUUUAAAAUUUUAUAAAAAUUAUUUCUUUUACCAUGAUUGUAGAGAUCGAGUCGAUAAAGCAAUUAAAGAUAGAAAAACGUUCACAGUUUGUGGUAAUUUUUGGAGUGUACGAAAAGCUUUAAUAGCAAGAGGAUGGGUCGAAAAAAUUCAUUACGCUUACGCGCAUCCCGAUAGAGAUAUGAUGAAAAAGCUUUUAGGACAAAGUUUGAAUGACCUCAUCGAAGGUGUUUCCGAUAAAAGUUACGGUCCUUUAUACAAACGUGUAAUCAUGUCGAAAAUGUUAAGUCGGCAUCAAGUAGAUUUAUUCUGGGAUUAUGGUUGCGAUCCUUACAAACUAAAUCCUGACUCUGUAAAAUUAACGAUAAUCAAUCACAUCAGACGAGGAUACUGUAGUUAUUCGUCGAAAGAAGGUCUUUGCGAAAUUAUGAAAAAAGCACAUUGGUAUCAUUUCCCGGGAAUAUCAAAUUUACGACAUCCACGAUCAUAUACUUUAACUGAUAACGGAGAUCCAGAAGAAUUUAUUAGAGAUUUCCGUGUAACGGCGGCAAUAUCUAUGUUAAAAUGGAUAGCAGCAACGACAGAUAGUUCUUCAGGAAAAGUAAUCUCCGAGGCAGGGAAAGUACCUGUUAAAUACUUUCAUUUUGCAAUUAACGAAUGCGAAAGACACGUUCAAAAAAUUAAACACGACGACAUCGAUGAUGAGAUUCCCGAACCAAACGAAUGCGAAUGGAACGGAUUUUUAGAAAAUUACUAUCGAUGUGUUCACAUUGGUAACCACUUUAAAAAGGGCGAAGAGGAAACCGAACAAUCAAUGAUACAUAAAGCGAAAAUUAUGAUCAAUAAACUAAAAAGAUAUUGUUCGUACAUUGAUAUGGAUGGAUACAUGAAUAUAUGGAUUUUAAAACCAACCGCUGGAAGUAGAGGAAUUGGUAUUCACAUUUGUAGGACUUUAUCUUACGUUUUAAGGGUUGUUUCUGAAAGGAAAACGGUUAAAUAUGUUAUACAAAAAUAUAUUGAACGACCUCUUCUUAUUUAUAACACCAAGUUUGAUAUUAGACAAUGGUUUUUGAUCAGUUGUACAAAUCCUUUAACUAUUUGGAUGUACAAGAUGUGUUAUUUAAGAUUUAGUUCUCAAACGUACAACUUAAGAAAACUACACGAAAGUAUCCAUCUAACAAAUAAUUCGGUUCAAUGCAAAUACAGGAAUGUAAACAGAGAUCCCGCUUUGCCGGAUCAUAAUAUGUGGGAUUCAAAUCGAUUUAAAACGUACUUAGAAACGAUCGGCUAUCCAAACGCGUACGAUGCGAUUAUUUAUCCUGGAAUGAAACAGUGUAUAACCGCAUCGAUCCUGAUCCACCAAGAAAACAUAAACACAAGAAGGAAUUGCUUUGAAUUAUACGGAGCCGAUUUUAUGUUAACCGAAGAUUUCCAACCGUGGCUAAUUGAAAUUAAUUCUCGACCAGCUCUUUAUGCGUCAACUCCAGUUACAGGUCGAAUGUGUCCUCAAGUUCUAGAAGAUGUCGUUAAAGUCAUUAUUGAUUAUCCAUGUAACCCGAAAGCAAAUACGGGUCAUUUUGAUUUAGCCUACAAGGAACAACUAACGUCACUUCCAUCGGUAGACACCUCGUCGUUGGUGAUUCGUGGAGAGCCUCUGUCGCCAAGCUAUUUUGUAUCACCGUCGACGAGCGCGACAACCGGUGCUGCAGCGAGCAGCUGAAGAAGACACUGAAGAACUUGCUGGCUGUAAUCGCGAAAGAACGAGAACGACGCAAAAAGAUACGACAAGCGACAUCCACAAAUACAGCGAUACGUAAAUCAGCAGCGGCUAUAACGGAUGGUGGCGAUAUUCCAUACGCCAUCGCUAUAACAAAUGUUAACGAUGAGUUGAAAGAAAUCCAAGAAAUUUUUCGACCAAGACAUCUUAAUGAUAAAAGAUUAGGAAGGAUUAUGAAAAGUCUUUCCGUACGAAACAACGCAUCGGACGUGAGUUUAACAUCUUCGGAAAUAUCUUUUCAAGAACAUAAUGUUUGUACUGAAACAGAUAGUACACCGAAUUUGAUAGAUAAAUCCGAAAUUACUUCAUCAUCUUGCGAAUUGAAACCAGAUAGUAUUGAAAAUCUUUCUAAAGAAGAAGAAAUUGCUAUUAAUAAGUACAAAGAGAUACUGCAACGGACGAAUUGUGAUUCUAAUGUUAAAAUAGCUAAAAGUGGAUUUCUAGAGGAAAUGGAUAAUUAUUUUUCAUUUUGGAAAACUUUUUCUAGUGGGAGAAAAAUGAUUUCUAGUGCUCCACCUUCAACCGGUUGUUCCAAGAAUAAAAUCGAAAAUAAAUUUAUAAGAUUAUAAAAAAAUAAGUCCGCAUUAAAUUUCGACUGUCUUACGAUGACCAUCAUAAAGUCCGUCCAAUGCAACCAAUGGGUCCAGAGCGAAAAAGUCUGCUAUCUCAACUACGGUAAAAAAAUGUAAUUUGUACCGAUUCUUUUUUUUUUUCAAAUAAAGCCUGAACGAAAUAAAGUACACAUAAAAAUUGA